CGAUAUCCGUAAAUCUCCUAAUUGGGAUCAGAACGUUAAUUUCACUCUAAAGGAUUGUCUUUUAUACGAUAUCGAUAGACACAGAAACGAUUAUCUCGACCAUAGACUCUCUAAAACGGAAACUACUGCAAUUCAGUUAGAGAAACGAGCUAUGCGGUCAGAGAAUAAGUUCUUCUUAUUCACCGUAUCAAUUAUUUCUAGUAUCGUCGCUAGAAAUUAUAUUAGCAAAAAAGAAAGUGUCAAGCCGAUCAGGAAGGAAUAA